AUGAAGGAGCUGGAAGUUGCAUUGUGUGAAUACCAAAAUCAACCUUCCAUUGCUGAAAGUACAGCUUGCCUUCUGGAGGAGUUAGCAUGGUUCAAGACAGAAGUUUCAAAAAUGUACUCUCAGCUGCAGAAUCAUCAAUUAGAAGCUCUUGCAAGUUCCAGGGAGUUGAUGAAAUAUCAGGAAUUGUACAAGAGGAAAGUCUUAUCUGAAGAACAAUCUGCAAAACGACUUGAAGAAAAGGAUCAGGUGAACAAGACAUUAACCAGGCAAUUGAAGGACAUUUGUACGGUACUGCGUGAGAAAGAGAAAAAAAUUCAAGAAAGCGAUGAGUUGCAGAGAUGUAAUGACAGAAUUGCAAAGCAGGAAAAAGUGCUUAAAGAUGUUAACAAAGAACAUGUUGACAAAAUCGGUCAUCUGCAAAAUAUGGUUUCAAAACUCCAGCACGAGCUAGCGCUCUCCACAAAGCUAUCAAAUGCUGAAAAACCACUGCAAAUGAAAAAAAAACUGUUUUCAAAUUUAACUGGAUCCAAACUUGCCAUUGGCUCUCCUUCAAAACCCAGUUUGUUUAAAACCAGGGAUCUGACUCCUCGACUCAAAGCUAAAAUGAAUGCAGUGUCUGGCAAACUAGCAUCUCUACCGAGUCAUGCUAAUAAAUAAUUAAUCGUUAAUUUGUGUUCUGUUUAAUUAUACAUGUCCUUUUAAUACCCAAUCUUAUUUGAAACAUAAGCAAAUAAAACAAACUUUUAUUAAAUGACAGUCUCUAGCUUUUACUAUUUUAUAACGUUUCGUAAUACUGAAGCAUGCCAUGUGAAUAGGAAGGCUUCAAGGUCAUUUGAGGACAGAAGCAGCAGUUAAUAAACAAAAAGGAAAUUAAAAAUGAUCUAUAAAGACCAAUAAAAAUGUACCUAUUGAAUGCUUAAAGAUUAAAUGAAUAUUAGCCUUUACCUUA